AUGGAGGCCUUGCGCGAAGCUUUGUUGGAACAGCAUCGGAAGCAGCAGGAAAUUUACUACACGCAGCAGCAAGAUCUUGUGAAACAGCUGUCUACGCUUUUCUUGACUUCCUCGGCUUCUCAGAAUAUUCAGGCGAAGGACUCCUUGGCAAACUCCAUUUCUGAAUUUCAUUAUGAUCCGGAGAGCGGAUCAACUUUUGACGCCUGGUUCGACCGCUACAGGGGUUUGUUUUCCAAAGAUGCGCAGAACUUGGAUGAUGCGUCGAAAAAUAAAUUAUCUAAUAAGAAACCGUCAACUCCGUGGUGGUUUUGUGGUAAUUUGCAUUAUUCUAAAGAUUGUACUUACAAGUCUCAUAAAUGUCAGAAAUGUAAAACCGUCGGUUACAAGGAUGGUUAUUGCGCUUCUAGCAAAAAAGUUAAAAUAACCCUUCAGCUAAACACGGGUUCAGACCUGACGAUCAUUUGUUCUCAAACAUGGUCCGCUCUCGGGAAGCCAACGGGGAUAGUUACCUCUCACAUUGCUCGAGAUGCGUCUAGUAACUCAAUUCUUUUUUAUCAAGAGUUUAGCUGUUUUGUUUCAUUCAAGGAAAUCACCAAGCGGCUUCGGUGUUUCGUCUCUUCAAAUCCGGAAUUGAAUGUAAUGGGAUUAGACUGGAUCACUGCUUUUAACCUGUGGAAUCAAUCAUUUAAUGAUUUUUGUCACUUAACCAAGAGCGAAGAUACACAGUUUGAUAUAAAUAAAUACCAACAUAAAUUUCAAGACGUGUUUGCUAGCGGUUUGGGUCGUUGCAUCAAAACCAAGGUCAAGCUGCAUUUAAAAUCUGAUGCAAAACCGGUUUUCAAGCCUAAACGUCCGGUUGCUUUUGCUAUUUUGCCGCAAGUGGAUGCUGAAGUGGAUCGUCUUGAACAAAACGGGAUUAUCUCUCCAAUCAAGUAUUCGGAAAUUUGUGCCGAUUUCUCAACGGGUCUCAACGAAUCUCUGGAAACUAAUCGUCAUCCUUUGCCGCUGCCGGACGAAAUAUUUGCUCAGCUCGCAAACUAUAAAUAUUUCACUCAUUUAGAUUUGUCAGAUGCAUUUCUACAAGUGGAAAUUGAUGACGAUUCGAAAAAAUUAUUUACCAUUAAUACGCAUCGUGGACUUUAUGUUUACAAUCGCAUGCCUUUCGGAGUUACAGUGGCUCCUGGCGAGUUUCAGGCAAUCAUGGACUCGUUGAUCUCUGGCUUGUCAAAUACUUUCGCCUAUAUUGACGAUUUGGUAGUUGGAGGAGAAACAGUUCUGGAACAUAAUCGGAACUUGACUCGUCUCUUGGAGCGAAUACAAGAGUACGGUUUUCGUUUGCGUUUAGAAAAAUGUAAUUUCUUCAUAAACAAAAUCACUUAUCUUGGAUACGUCAUAGAUGGUCAAGGAUUGCAUCCAGAUCCCAAGAAGAUUUCAGCAAUUAUUGACAUGCCUGCUCCGCGAAACUUAACUGCGUUACGUUCUUUUUUGGGCGCAAUACAUUAUUAUUCUCGUUACAUUUCCAACAUGCACAUAUUGCGUCGACCUUUGGAUCAUUUGCUUAAGAAAGACGUACCAUGGGAAUGGUCACCUCGGUGUCAGAAGUCUUUUGUUCAAUUCAAAAGGAUUUUAACGUCCAAACUGUUGCUCACGCAUUAUAAUCCCAGACAUGAGAUAAUUGUGGCAACAGAUGCCUCAAACGAAGGAUUAGGAGCUUGCAUUCUUUAUCAUUUUUUGGAUUUCUUUUUUUAA